AUGCAGUCCCUCCGAAUUUCACCUUCUACAUAUCUCUCAGAGGCGCAAGUCUUCAUUGGCCUUCCAGUUUAUCCUUCACCUUCGGCGGAUCCAAAUCAAUACAAUACCAGUGAAUCUGCGUCCCAAGUCUCUAUUGUUCCAUUAUCUCUGCUCAACUCGCGUCUUACCGGCAAAGUUUUCCUAUUGUACUUGCAAGGUCAAUUCACUCUUGAAAACAAUAAUCAGUAG